AUGAAGUGUAUUUUAUUAAGUGUAUUUUUGGUGGUUUUACCCACCGCCCUCUUGGCUGAAAAUAUUUUCAAAAUUAACAUCUCACCUGAAGAGGCUCAACAAUAUAUUGCCCAAGUUAGUUCACGUGGCUUGAACACCAUUGAAUAUGCUCCCAAGACCGGUGAAAAUCCUCUGCCCGAAGCCCGCAAUGAAAAAGGUGAAUUUGUCUAUAUGGGUCGUGUGAUUGAAAAUCCCAACGAUUAUGUCGAAGAACACUACGAUGCCCAUCAAUAUCAUGGACAAGAUGGUUUGGGUCAAUACGUUUACGGCUAUAAGGAUUGGAAUCAGGGUAAAAACGAAAAGAAAGAUGCCAGCGGCACUGUUACCGGUACCUAUAAAUAUGUUCAACCUCAUGGUCGUGACUUUAUUGCCAAUUAUUAUGCCGAUCGUACCGGUUUCCAUGUCGAGGAUAAUCGCCCAGCUCAUUUGAAAAAUCCACCCACCAAAACACCUGCCGUCAAGAAAGCCGAAGAAGAACAUUUCCGUCUCUGGGGUGAAUAUGCCGCUGCUGCUGGACACAAUCCCGAUCCAUUUGCACCCGAAUAUCAAACCAGCGAAGGUCGUUAUGAACCCCAAUCAUCGGAUCAAGAAUAUGUCCAUCAAGAACCUGAAUAUGUACCCGGCCCCGAAGAACAUGGUGAACCUAAAGGUUUCUACUAUGCUUUCGACUAUAAUGUACCUUUGUUGCGUAACAAGAAGGAACGUGAAGAAUUGGAACAAUUGCGUGCCAUCAACAAUAAGGACUAAACGCA